UGGCAAAUGCAAUUUAUUGAUGCUGGUCACCUUUCUUUUAACUCUAAUGGACAAAAUCUAUUAACUACUAAUAAUUUUACUGAAAGAAUGAAUCGACAAUUGAAUCACAAUUAUCAGAAAAGCAAACAGUUGUUAUAUUUAUUGAAUAACUAUGGAAUAAAAUUAUUACGUAAAAAUCUCCAUCCUGAAGGAUCCAAUAAAAAUAUUUAUGAAGCUAGAUUGGUUACUCCUUUUAAUGCGCAAUCAAUUGAGCAG